GCAAGCUUGCCACUUUAAUUCAAAUCCGAAACAGAUAUGACGUGCUUAUUACGUUGAUGCUUCAUUCACAACGUGAUUUGAAUUGAUUUUGGAGUACUGUACUAUAUUUUGCACGAUUUGACUUUAAAUGUUAAUAUGCAUGAACGUGAACUGCAUGUAUUCAAAUUAGCUCCUGUCAAAGUAGUGGUGGGCUGACUCAUAUUUACCAGUGAGCAAGUAUCACAGCUGUGUGUGCAGUUGGAUCGCUUGCCGAUUUUUUAAAAACUUAAUUUUACAUUUUCCUGGCUGGUGGAAAGUCCGACUUAUCGAAGAGGAGUGGUGAUGGCUCCAUGGUUAAUUUUCUUCAUUUAAUGGCCAAUGGACAUCCCGAGGUUUUCCUGAGUGCCCAAGCCCGGGUGAAACGUCAUUCAGGCGCCCGAGUGUCUCACUUCUUCCCGCCACUGUGACGCUGGAAGUAGACCUCCAUCUAGCGGCUAACAUCCAGCAUGACAGGAGUGUGCGGUUGUUGCGGGGCUCUCAGGCCUCGCUACAAGAGGCUGGUGGACAACAUCUUCCCGGAAGACCCGGAGGAUGGACUGGUGAAGGCCAACAUGGAGAAGCUGACAUUUUACGCCCUGUCAGCUCCAGAGAAGCUGGACCGUAUCGGAGCGUAUUUGUCUGAGCGCUUGUCGAGGGACGUGGCGCGGCACAGAUACGGUUACGUCUGCAUCGCGAUGGAAGCACUGGACCAGCUGUUGAUGGCCUGCCACUGCCAGAGCAUCAACUUGUUCGUGGAGAGCUUCCUCAAGAUGGUCCGCAAGCUGCUGGAGUCCGACAAACCCAGUCUGCAGAUUCUGGGAACCAAUUCGUUUGUGAAGUUUGCCAACAUAGAGGAGGACACGCCAUCCUACCACCGCAGUUACGACUUCUUCGUGUCGCGCUUCAGUGAGAUGUGCCACUCCGGCUAUGAGGACCCCGACAUCCGCACCAAGAUCCGGAUGGCGGGCAUCAAGGGUCUGCAAGGCGUGGUGAGGAAGACUGUGAAUGACGAGCUUCAGGCUAACAUCUGGGAUCCUCAGCACAUGGACAAGAUCGUCCCGUCUCUGCUGUUCAACUUGCAGAGUAGCGAGCGCACAGAGAGUCGGUCCCCCUCUCCGCUGCAGGCUUCGGACAAGGAGAAAGAGAGCCCGGUGGAGCUUACAGAGCGAUGCUUCAGGGAGCUGCUGGGCCGAGCUGCCUAUGGAAACAUUAAGAACGCGGUCACUCCUGUGCUCAUGCAUCUCGACAAUCACUCUCUUUGGCAGGGAAAAACCUUUGCUGUGCGUUGUUUUAAAAUCAUCAUGUACUCCAUUCAGUCGCAGCAUUCCCACCUGGUCAUCCAGCAACUUCUCGGUCAUCUGGACGAAGUUAGAUCAGCGCGGAUCCUGGACGUAUGUGGUCUGUUCGGCAAUGUGUUUAUAUGUGUUCCAGGCCCCACUGUGCUGGAGGUAUUCAACACACUACUACGACAACUCCGUCUCAGCGUGGACUACGAGCUGACCGGCUCCUAUGACGGCAGCACCAACAUCGGCACCAAGAUCAUCAAAGCUCAUGAGGAGAGGCAGCUGCAGGAAGCUGUUAUCAGAACCAUUGGUUCCUUUGCCAACACUUUACCGACCUACCAAAGGUCUGAAGUCAUGCUCUUCAUCAUGGGCAAGAUCCCCGUUCCCGGUGUUCAUCCGUUACUACCUUCUUCAGGCUCUGGGCCUGAGGGUACCAGGAUGAUUCAGGUUAUGUUACUAAAGUCACUGGUCCAGGUGACUGCAGGUUACCAGACAACCAACAUGCUUACAGCUCUGCCUAGCUCCUUCCUGGAGCCUUUGCUCUCUUUCUCCCUAACCGAAGACUCCGAGGUUCGGCUGCUGGUGCUUCAAAUCCUCCUCAGUCUCAUUGACAGGCAUGACAACCGGCCCAAAUUCUCCAACAUAAGCAUUAUCACCGACAUCUCAGUGCUGAAGCUCAAAGUGGACAAGUGCUCCAGACAGGACAAUUUGUUCAUGAAAAAGCACGGCCAGCAGUUGUAUCGGCACAUCUACUUGGGGUGUAAAGAGCAGAGUAGCGGCAGGCAGCACUAUGAGAGUCUCUUUGCCUUGCUUGCUCUUCUCAGCGUUGAGCUUGCUAACGAAGAAGUGGUCGUUGACCUCAUUCGCCUGGCUCUCGCUCUGCAGGACCUGGCUCUGUCCACUGAUGAGGGGCUACCGGUUUAUAACCGCUGUGCAGUCCAUGCGCUUGCUGCAGCCUACCUCAACCUCAUCUGCCAGCUUACCACUGUCCCUGCCUUCUGCCAGCACAUACACGAGGUGAUCGAGGUGAGACAGAAAGAAAGUCCUUACCUGUUGCCCGAGGAUAUCUUUAUUGAUCUGCCCAGACUCCCCACCUCGCUCGACAAGCUAGAAAGCAACAUGCUCUUCCUCCAGUCCAAGAUCACGGAAGUCCUCGGAGGCAGCGGUUACAACACGGAGCGACUUGCAACCCCAUAUGUCCCCCAGUAUACUGAUGAGGAUCGCCUGUCAAAAAGAAAGAGCAUCGGGGAGACAAUCUCACUUCAGGUUGAAGUGGAGUCCCGGAACAGUCCAGAAAAAGAGGAACGAAGUCCCGCUGAAGAGAUCACCUUCGAAACGUUGAAAAACGCCAUCGUGGACAGCGUGGGCAUGGAGGAGCAGGAGAGGGAGCGGAGGAGGCAAGUGGUGGAAAAGUUCCAGAAAGCUCCCUUUGAGGAGAUCGCUGCCCACUGCGGUGCUCGGGCCACACUGCUGCAGAGCAAACUCAACCAGAUCUUUGAGAUUACAAUCAGGCCCCCGCCGAGCCCAUCCGGGACCAUAUCGUCCGGCUACGGCCAGAGCCAGACUCGCUCAGUGCCCAUCUACGAGAUGAAGUUUCCCGACCUUUGCGUGUAUUGAGACGGCAAGGUUACCGAACUUUUCGUGUCCUGUCAAACGGCAACGACCGCGGAUGUUUUUUCCCCCGGGGAGAGGCGAAAAAACAUGCAGCUGCUGCAAGCCAAAAACUUAAAGCCACAUUUUCCUCUAGCCUGCCAUAUAGGAAUGUUUCGGACAAUCUUUUCCGUCUUCUGCACUGAUUGUGUUUUCGCCUUUUUUUUUUUUCCUUUUUCUUAGUGCUAGCCAAUACUGAUUUCCAUCAUUCCGCAUGGCCAUAGUUUUACCCUUAUUUAUUAUUCAAGAAUUCCUUUUUUAACAGUAGGAUAAUAAGUCUCUCUCCAACUCAUCACGAGGAAAGCCGCCCCCACCCCCCGUAUUAAUGUGUACAGAGAACUAUAUAAAUAAUCUUUCGGCUCAUGUAGUCAAGAGGUAUGUGCAAAUGUGCGUGCGUGUGUGUGUGUGUGUGUGUGUGUGUGUGUGUGUGUGUGUGUGUGUGUGUGUGUGUGUGUGUAUAGUUUUAUUUUGUUUAGGAACUCACAUCUUAACUGAUGCUCGUCGUCGCUGAACUCAUUCACUCCCAAAGACGUUUUUAAACGUCUUUUCAGACUUGGUCCAGAAUUGGCUGGUACUGAAUGAGUUUAAUUAAAAUAUCUAAUGGCCGCCCCCUCGAAAUCUGAAAAUCCGAAAUGGUAAUAUGAUGAACAGGCCGCCGUCCGUCUCUGCUCGGGUUUUCUUGGGAGUCGAGCUUUGUGUCAUCCUGACUCACGAUGCACGGGUGGACGCCUCCAAGCUAUGGCGUCUUACCAACUCGAAGCCAUCUCCGGUGUGUGCGCAAACUACAAGUUGCAGAUUAAUUAAAAGCAAAAAAAAAGACGAUAAAAAUAAGUGCUCGGUCAGUCGCGGCACCUGUGUUUAUUUGGAUAGAGGCUGGAAGGUUUUAGUCUGGCUCAGCGAAUCCCCACAGACCUAAACAACUAUAGAGCUGAAGAAGGGGACUGAGGGGAGGAAGCAGCCCAAAACAAACAAGAACGAAACCAACAAUCCCUGUUGUGGUGCUCCAAGACAGUGGAAGGUUUUAGUCUGGCCAAGUCAAUCCCUCCAGAUUUCAACCCUCGAGAGGAGACCUUUUACCCCCCACAACAAGGAGACGAAAGUGAAUACCCGGCUCAAAACGAACAUCAUCUGGCUGCCUGAAAAAUAAUCACAAAAGGAUAACAAAGCACUCUCGGCCGGCCAACUGUCGGUAGCUGAUGUGCGUGCGUGCGUGCGUUUGUGUGUGUGUAUGUGUGUGUGAGAACCAACAGUCGUCGUUGUGGUGCUGUGACGGUCCAUCUCUGAUCUGCUGCUUCCAUCAAUUCAGUUGCUCUGAUCUGCUUUGUCUCCCGACUGUCAUCGGUAAAACGCUCCCGCCAAGUCAUGUCCGUGUCCGUCCCGCGUGGUUGUCUUCCUCGUCUCUAUUGCCCAGAUCCCGAGAUCAAACUCUUCCUCAUUUGCGGUCGUUUCUUGUGAAUCUUUGAUCGUUCCAAGUUGUCUGCAAAGCGUCCCGGAGUGAUGCUUGAAAACACGCGACUCCCUCUUAGUGUCACCACUCCACCUUAACGUGUCAUUUCCCUGUCUGUGUAUGGAUAGUUUUGUUUACGACGUAGUGCUCGUGUAGUUCCAAGACUCAUUUUGUGAACUUUGCACUUUAAAAACUGGAGAACCUAGUGACGAAGGCAGCUUUAUUUUGUUUAUUUUUGAGAGGGGGUGGGGGGGGGGGGAAUGAAAAAAAUGCCUUCGCGAUUGGUGUGUCCUACCUGAUGUUGCAUGCUCCUGUGAUGUUAGCUAUCCAAUAAAAAUUGCCAGUCGACGACA